CUGUAGCUACUAGCUAGUAGUCUGCCUGUUUAUAUGCUUUGCUAUUUGGCUACUAAUUCAUGGUAUAACGGAAUAAUGGUAGCUAGCUGUUAACGGUUGUUUGUUGAUUCAAUUGUUCAAGUACUAGAGAAGAGAACCAAUAUAGCUAGCUGUUUAUUUAAGAUUAAUCCAGUAUUAAUUGCCAUUCUUGUUUGUAGAAAUGAAGAGAAAGAGAACUUUGCACAAUUGUAGAAAUGAUGUCAUUUUGAUAGAAAUGUCUAACGUUUGAUAUUUUUCAAAUAAUUCCAAAAAAUUAUAGUAAAUACUAUGUGUGCCUAGUAGUAUUAUGGACAAUUUUGAGCUAAUAUGGGCUACAAGAUUUUGAGACAUUGGCUAUUUUGCUGAACAGAAGCAAAUUUUGGUUCAAAAUUUAACAUUUCCAAAAAUUCUGAAACAAUUCUAGUAAAUAAUACAUGUUCCCAGUAGUAUUCUGGCAAAUUUUAACCUUCUUUGGACAAAAUAAUUGUGAGCCAGUGGCUUUUUUUUCACACUGUUAAUUUUGAGCUCGCCCUCGAUUUUCUUCCAAGAUUCGCCACUGCUCAUCUCGAUCCUCCAUCUACCACCUUGAUAGCAAAGGGAACUGAGAGGACAUGUCGGGUAGAUCCAAGUGCCUCCCGAGGUCAUUGUUUUGCCAAGAGCCCAAUCCACCAUGACACCACAAGCGACCGACCUCCGCCAUGGAUGGAAGCAACAGUAGGAGACUGACCACUAGGCGGCUCGCCCACUCCAGUGACGUGCACUCUAACAAAAAAGGAAACCCCAAGGCCUUUACAUCCCUAUAUCUACCAUAUUCACGACCAACCGAGCUCCCCUCUCAUCCCACUUCGGACAACAAAGUUGUCGAAGGAGGAGACGCUCAAGGGAAAGGGGUCGAGUAGAGAGAAAGAGGAGAAUGAGAGGCCCCUCAAAUCAAUCUUUCAUACCAUCUUCUUCUAGUGAUCCACCUUUUUACUUUGCUCAAUCGCCCCUCUCUCGCGGGCUAGAGCCGCAGUCAUGCCACCUUGUAUUGAUACAAUGGCAGUCACUACCAUUCCUCUAGUCACGAGCAUGAGUCUCUCUCCUUUUUUUUCUUGAGCAACUGCAUGAGUCUCUCUCCUACGUUAUAUCCAACUCUGCGGAGCUACAGGGAGCCAGGGUGGACUGCGGCCCACCCUGGGAUUUCGUUCCGGCCUAUUUACUUAUCAUAUAUCUAUAGAGAGAUGGCCCAUAGAAGGAAAAAAAUUGGCCCAACAACACUCUGCGGUUUGACCCAAAACAACCCACGCCAGACCCAGACACCACGCACAGCCGUCCUCCCCGGCCCGACGCCCAGCCGCCGGCCGCCCCAUCCCCGCCUCUCCCUGCGUCGCCGUCCUCCCCGGUCGCCGGCCGCCGAACCGCCUAGGAGGCUCCUCCGCACCUGCCUCUCGGUCGCGCCCUCGGCGCCAGCUGCGCCACUGCCCCCGGCGGCGACCCUGCUACCCAAGUGCCCUGCCCCAGCCGCCUGGCACCCCUGCAAGCCGGCGGCAAUCGCCCACCGCCCAGUCUGCACUGUGCCACUAGGCUCGGCCUGAUUUGAGCCGCCAGGUGCGCAAGGCGGCGACCUCGGACCUCCUGACCUCGCGGCAGCUCGCGCCAGGUGCUGGUCUCCGACGGCUGGCAACACCGCAGUGCUGCAGGAUUCCAGGGUGAAAGCAGCAAGCGUUCCCUCCUCUUCGGCGUCUUCAUCCCUGCCACUCUGCUCGUCCGCGAUUACAAGGGUCAAGCUGCUGUGAGAUGGAUAUUUUGUACCUAUGCAAGGAUGUCUUAAAGAUUCAGAAGUUUAGGCGACUGGCGUCUUAUGCUGGAUUCUAUUCGUUCACUACCCUCGUUACCUAUGCUUACACAAGCAAUACGACAAGGGCUGGCAUUUCGAGGGCUGAUCAGUAUUAUGCCGCCUACCCUUCUGGUACCGACCUGCUGACUGAUACUGCAAAGCUUUACAAGGCUGCGUUGGGUAAUUGUUUCGAAAUAGACGACUGGGGUCCAAUAGAAUUCUCCAUCAUGGCAAAGCAUUUUGACCGGCAAGGCAAACCACCAUAUGCUUACCAUGCUCAAUACAUGUCACACCUUCUAUCCCAUGGCCAGCUCGAUGGAAGUGGUUAACUGCAGGGAUGUGUUUUGUUAGAUUCUCUUGAGUCUUCAUUGUAGUCCUUCAGUUAUUUGUAAGAAAGAGAUGGCUCACUGAAAUGUUGAAUUGUUCUGGCCUGUGACGAUGGAUGGUCAAAAUCGUAGACGCUGAGCUGUUGCAAUAUCAUUGGUAGUCAAAACUGUGCGGAAUUUCCCCAUGAAUAAUAUUGGUUGCACCUAGUUGAAGCAAGCAUUGGUGAUCUCUUA